AUUAGAGUCAUGCAGGGAGUGUAUUGGAGCGCCAUCACUGCUGUCUGUCUGGGAAUGGCAGGUGUCUUUGGACACGAGAUUACUGAUGGGAAUGAAGCCAAACCUCAUAGCCGACCUUACAUGGCACGUUUGCUGAUACACACAGAGACUGGCACUGUGGGCUGUGGAGGGUUCCUCAUUCUUCCAAACUUCAUCCUGACUGCUGCUCAUUGCAAUGAAGGGAGCAUUACUGCAUUGCUUGGAGCUCAUGAUUUGUCAAAACAGGAAAACUUCAGGCAGAAGAUACCUGUGCAGAUGCACAUACCCCAUGAAAAUUACACAAAAGCGGUGAAGGAGAACGACAUCAUGCUUCUAAAGCUGAGUCACAGUGCUGAUAUGGACACACCUCAUGUGAAGCUCAUCAGACUCGCGCAGAAAGGCGAGAUCAUCCCUCCUGACUCCCCAUGCUCGGUGGCUGGAUGGGGCCGCACCAGUUCCAAUGGGACUGCCAGCAGUGUGCUGAGAGAGGUGAACGUGUCAAUCCAGAAUCAGUGCGUAUCCCCCUUACAGAUCUGUGCGAGAGGCACUGGCAGCAAGGGCACCUGUUUUGGAGACUCAGGCGGACCACUGGUCUGUUUAACCAGUAGUUUUGCAGCAGUGGGGAUUGUGUCGACAAGUGAUACUAGUAACUGUGAAGACCCUCACCACCUGGACAUCUAUACAAAGCUGUCCGUGUACAGUGACUGGAUUGAAAGCAAAAUCAGCUCCAGUUCUUCUAAACCCCAAGAAGACAGCAUCACGACAUGCAGAGAAAAAUCGCCAGAACCCACGAUUACCAAGUCCGUCAUGGGGAAGAAGAAGGCUAAACAGAGCUGCAGCCCAAGCGGAGGUCCCACGCUCAUCAUGGCCGAUGCUCAAGAGGAGCUACGGAGCAACUACAUGGGUCGGGAAAGGCCUCCGGAGGAAAAAGACUACCACGAGCUAGCUGGGAUAGAACCCCCCAAACCCAGCCCCAAACCUGAUAUUGAUUUGGAUUACGAAGGUGCCUCCAGAGGCCAGAUCAUCGGUGGACGUGAAUCCAAGCCCCACAGCCGGCCCUACAUGGCCUUCUUGGAGAUUGAAACAGAGAAAGACACAAUGACCUGUGGAGGCUUCCUGAUUAACCCUAGCUUCAUUCUGACUGCCGCCCACUGCAAGGGACGUUACAUCACGGCACUUCUGGGGGUUCAUAAUCGCUUAAAACCUGAAAAUUCCAUGCAGAGGAUUGAAGUACAAGAGAUCAUCCCCCAUGAAAAGUACAACCAAACAACAAGCACACAUGACAUCAUGCUUCUGAAGCUGAAAAGGAAGGCAAAACUCACAGAUAAAGUGAAGACCAUCAGCCUUCCCAAAAAAGGACAGGACAUACCCCCCAACACGGUCUGCUUUGUUGCAGGAUGGGGCAACACUAAGAACAAUGGGAAAGACAGCAAGGUGCUGAGAGAAGUGAACAUGACGGUCCUGGACAUUAACAAGUGUACAGCUGCAAAAAAAUACAACUUGAUGAAUUCAGUGAUCUGCACGAGUGGCGCUGGCAUCAAGGGCACCUGUGAUGGAGACUCUGGGGGUCCAUUGGUCUGUCCAGUCAGCAAGAGAAAACAGGCAGCUGUGGGGAUUGUAUCUUUCCGUUAUGCUGAUAAGCAGCGGCGUUGCAAGGAUCCUGGACGUAUUAAUAUCUACACGAAGGUGACAGCAUACCAGAAGUGGAUUGACAAAAACCUCAGGGCUGAAUCCCUUGUGUGAUAAGCCCCCUAUUUCACAGCCUGCCUCUUUGGAAAUGGAGAGAGAGAGAGAGAGAGAGAGAGAGAAAGAGAGAGAGAGAGAGAGAGAGGGAGAGAGAGAGAGAGAGAGAGAGAGAGAGAGAGAGAGAGAGA